ACCGCCCAGCUUGCGACCAAACGCCAUACGACACCACACGUCUAUAAACUUUGGUGAGGAAUUCACUGUCACCGCACCCCACACGCGACACCAUGCCCGCCCCCACAGCGCUACAACGCCGUCCCGAGGAGUUCGCCCACAAUGUCACCAUGGAGCCUUCUUCCGUUCCCCUCCCAGAAGAAACUGAAGGAGAGCUUGUCGAUAUGAGCCUUGAUCCUGUCGCAGCAGCACAAGAAUCAGAAGCGCCCGCAGACGACAUACCCAUGACAGACGAAAGCGGAGCCCCAAAAUUCCCCGUCGCUAAAUCGAUACCCCUCGCAUCCGCCGCGAGCAGCGCAAGGUCCCAAUCCCACCACAUCGCAUGACACCUUUGAAGGCCAACUGGCCAAAAAUAUACCCCCCUCUGGUCGAGAACCUCAAGCUACAAUGCCGAAUGAACCUCAAAUCACGUAGCGUCGAACUACGAACGAGCAACGCUACAACGGAUACCGGAGCCCUACAGAAAGGAGCAGAUUUCCUCAAGGCAUUUACACUAGGUUUCGAUGUCGACGAUGCCAUCGCGCUUCUCCGGUUGGAUGAUCUAUACAUCGAGACAUUCGAGAUCAAGGACGUGAAAACCCUCCAGGGCGAGCACCUCGGCAGAGCAAUUGGAAGAAUAGCAGGAAAAGACGGAAAGACAAAAUUCGCCAUUGAGAACGCCAGUAGGACACGAGUCGUCCUGGCAGACCAGAAGAUCCACAUUCUGGGCGGCUUCAAGAACAUUCACAUCGCUCGCGAGUCCAUUGUCAGCUUGAUCCUGGGACAGAAUCCCAGCAAGGUUUAUGGCAACCUGCGAACGGUUGCAGGGAGGAUGAAGGAGAGGUUCUAGAGGCAUGUGCCGAAUGAGGACGUAGUGCAUUUACAUGGCGUUCAAGGAGAAAGGGAUAAAGGGCAAAAUACCAUCCGAUAUGACUUAUGGUUGGAGGACGAUGGUUUAGCGAUAUGACACAGCUAUAGAAGAAAUGUGAAGCAUCAAGUAUCA